AUGGCGACAACCACCGACAAGCCCGCGCCCAAGGACAUGUCCCAUCUGUAUUCGCGCGUCACCAAACAGCGUGUUGCCAGCAAGAUGAAGGCCUUCUAUAAAUACUUUGCCAUUCCGGGGAUUGGAAACCUUGCUGGAGGCCUUCCCAACCCAGGAUACUUUCCGUAUGACACGUUGGAAGCAUCAACGGCGCUUCCCGAUCGAUUCAAGCCCACGCCCAACAAGCCUGUCGACCCCCCCGCCUCCGGAGCUGCAAAACCAUCUCUAUCUGAAGCUUCGACGGCCUCGCGGGUGCUUGUACCGCACGAUUCAGCAGAGCCCAACCUCCUACGCAAGAUCGACUUGACCACGGCCCUGCAAUAUGGCACCGCCCAAGGAUAUCCUCCCCUCUAUAGCUUUAUCCGGGCCUUUGCACAGAACAAUCUCCAUCCCAAUGUGCCCUACAAGGACGGCCCAGAGGUGAUUCUGACCUGCGGCUCAACAGACGGAUUUUCGAAGACGAUUGAGUGCUUCAGCAACAUCUGGGACGAGGAAAGGGACUGGAUCCGAGAGCGUGAGGGUAUACUAUGUGAAGAGUUUGCGUAUAUGAAUGCCAUUCAGGCUGCCAGACCCCGUGGGCUCAAUGUGGUCCCAGUGGCCAUCGACGAUGAGGGUAUGAUGGCGUAUGGUAAAGGUGGAUUAGAGGAGGUCCUUGUGAGCUGGGACAAGAACAAGGGCAAGCGACCACAUUUGAUGUAUACCGUGACGAUGGGCCAGAACCCGACCUCCGGAUUACUGUCGGUGAAAAGACGGAAGGAAAUUUAUGCCCUGUGUCAAAAAUACGACAUCAUUAUUAUCGAAGACGACCCGUACUGGUACUUGCAAUAUCCCUCCGCAAACGAGAUGUCAAUGAGGACCAGGGGUAAACUUGUGUCAGAGAACUUCCCCGCGGACAGCUCAUACAACUACAACACCGCCGCUGGGGGCAAAUCCGGCGGUUUUCCAUUCUUGGACAGUCUUGUUCCUUCAUAUUUAUCAGUUGACGUGGACGGAAGAGUCGUUCGACUGGAUACCUUCAGCAAGACAGUUGCUCCAGGCUGCCGAUUAGGCUGGAUCACAGCUCAACCUGAGGUGGUGGAGAGAAUCCUGCGUAUCACCGAGACCAGCACUCAACAACCCAGCGGAUUCGUUCAGAGCAUGAUUGCAGAACUUAUCAUUGGACCCUCUGAAGAGGGCGAUCCCGGCAAAGGAGGCAGCAAAGAUGGCAGCGGGUGGAAGGCGGACGGCUGGGUUCGAUGGCUCGAGGGGUUACGGGGCAAUUAUGAGCGACGCAUGCAGAUUAUGGCGUCCACUCUUGAAGACGGGAAGUACUUGAUUCAAGAUUCGAAGCCGAAAUCGAACACCUUCGCGCCCGACGAUAUGGAAUACGAGGUGGUGCACAAGACGCAGAUGUACGACUUUGCUUACCCAAUGGCUGGCAUGUUCCUCUGGUUGCAUGCACGAUUCGAGACCCACCCUCUCUUCAACGAGGUCGACCAUGCUCGACUUGCCCAAGCCCUUUGGGUUAUGUUUACCACCGAUCCAUUCCUCGUCUUGCUUGCUCCGGGGAGCAUGUUCUGCCCGACGCCCGAGAUCAUGGCAGAGAAAGGCUGGCAGUAUUACCGACUCUGCUUUGCCGCAGUGGAUGACGAUGUGGUGCAGAAGCACAGCGAAAACAUCGUGGCGGCUUUCCGGCAUUUCUGGACCAUUGACGAUGUCAAAGUGAUCGACAAGCUUCUGGAAGACGACGAGGAUGUAGAGGGGAGGUUUGCGGAACUGGCGAUGCAAAACCAGGGGUCAUUUGCUGUGAAUCCGGUCAUGUGUUGA